CUUAACCCUGCACCGCUUCCGCUUCCCUACAACUUGCAUUCAAAGCUUCGAUGAAGUACUCUGCCUCGCUCCACGCUGCACUUUGGCUUAGGAUGCUUCGGCGAUGCCUAAAGCAAUUCUUCCUCCCUCCUGCCCGACGGCCACCGCAAACAUGAUCUCCUGCAAAUUCAAGCCUAUGCAUGCAACAUAGUAUUUGCUGGGAACUCGUAUCGAGCUGGCGCGCUUGCGGAUGCCCUGAUUCCCCUACGACCUAAUCACUUCGCUGGUAAUUAUGCACACAAGCGAGCGCACACGCAUCGAUAGCUCCAUAUUGAUUUAUGCUUUACGCGCGCUGCGCUAUAUGCCAGUCACCAGACUUGACACCGCACCGGUACUCUCGCCUCACCCCGCUGCCAAUCUGACACGCUGCCCGCCCUUCUCUCGCACCCGUACGUGCCUCAGGCCAACGCCCAAGUCCACCGAGCCCCCAGCUCAAGCAACAUCAACUCCGAACAACGCAGCGCCAACGCCCAAGUCCACCGAGCCCCCAGCUCAAGCAACAUCAACUCCGAACAACGCAGCGUAAGUUCUGACGCGUCACCGUUCAUACGCACAUGACUAAGGACCAGGGGCUGGGUUGGCAGCAGCAGCAGCAGCAGCAGCAGCAGCAGCAGCAGCAGCAGCAGCAGCAGCAGCAGCAGCAGCAGCAGCAGCAGCAGCAGCAGCAGCAGCAGCAGCAGCAGCAGCAGCAGCAGGAGCAGCAGCAGCAGCAGCAGCAGCAGCAGGAGCAGCAGCAGCAGCAGCAGCAGCAGCAGCAGCAGCAGCAGCAGCAGCAGCAGCAGCAGCAGCAGCAGCAGCAGCAGCAGCAGCAGCAGCAGCAGCAGCAGCAGCAGCAGCAGCAGCAGCAGCAGCAGCAGCAGCAGCAGCAGCAGCAGCAGCAGCAGCAGCAGCAGCAGCAGCAGCAGCAGCAGCAGCAGCAGCAGCAGCAGCAGCAGCAGCAGCAGCAGCAGCAGCAGCAGCAGCAGCAGCAGCAGCAGCAGCAGCAGCAGCAGCAGCAGCAGCAGCAGCAGCAGCAGCAGCAGCAGCAGCAGCAGCAGCAGCAGCAGCAGCAGCAGCAGCAGCAGCAGCAGCAGCAGCAGCAGCAGCAGCAGCAGCAGCAGCAGCAGCAGCAGCAGCAGCAGCAGCAGCAGCAGCAGCAGCAGCAGCAGCAGCAGCAGCAGCAGCAGCAGCAGCAGCAGCAGCAGCAGCAGCAGCAGCAGCAGCAGCAGCAGCAGCAGCAGCAGCAGCAGCAGCAGCAGCAGCAGCAGCAGCAGCAGCAGCAGCAGCAGCAGCAGAGCGCGCGCGGGGGCGCUAGGGCAGCGCGCAGGGCAUGCGCAUCGCCAGCUGUCAGCGGGACCCACCGGAGCUGCGGAGCCGGGCCGGCUGGGUGAGUAUGCAAGGUUAUAGUUUGCAAGGUAGAAAUGCUCGGCGGGCGCUAGCAGUGCGCGCCAGGGCCCGCGCCAUGGCUCGCGGAGCAAGCAUAGAGCGGGGCCAUGGCCCAGGACCAGCUUUUAGUCCGCCU